GUGUAACAACAAGCGAUAUAAUUGUAUAACGUGCAAAUCGUUGGAUGAGUUUAGCUUCUUAUGUCGAUUAGUUACCAAUGUUGUCCAUAAUAGAGAGGUAGAGAGAAACGGUCUUCACAGAAGUGUAUGAUGGAAGUUUAAGUUGGCCUUUAAAGUAUAUCAGGAUACGAUUAAUAUGCAAUUUAUCAAUGGAGGAGUCGGCAUAUAAAACUCCAUCUCACUCACGACCAACUCAUAGAAACUCCGCUUCAAGUAGUGGUGCACGUAACAAUUCAUCAAAUAAAGCCCCUGUCUCUGAAAGACAACAGCUUCACCAAAUCCUUAGGCAACAACAGCUACAUACUACACCAAAAUCUGAUUUUGAAAAUUCAGUUAGAUUCAUCGAAUCGGGCGUUGAGUUGGCUGAAGUUUGUGUGACGCCGAAGAGCACCCGAAAAAGUUGUGAGAAACGACAUACUAGAGGCGAGACACCAUUGCACGUAACGAGUGUACAAGGCGAUUAUAAACAGAUCGUGAAACCUCUUCUUCGCCAUAACGUGGAUCCGGAGACAUCAACGAUAGACAGAAAAAGGACUACUGAUCCAUUGGUUGGGAAAACGAUUCGAAAAGCCACUUCCUCUCUGAAGACUUGCAGCAACGGUGAGUCAAACGUUAGCGAAACCACUGAGGCAGAAGUAGACGAAAGCCAAAAUAACAUCUCGUUACUAACUACACCGUCGCCGUCAGCUUCGACAUUACUGGACACUCCUCACAUACCAGUCGGUGGAAAUCGCCGACGCAGUUUAUUUAAGAUAUCCAGUCCCAAAGUAUUAGGAACUGACGUUGGCUUUACUGCCGGAGCAAGAAUGGCAUCCUCAGAGCAAUCCCAACAAAAUAAUGGGAACUCCAGCGGUAGUAGUCGAUCAGUUGGAGCCACUCAGCAACAACAACAACAGCAGCAGCAGCAGCAACAACAACAAGGCCAACAAACGAAUUCGGCUUCUUCAUCUUCAGCGGGUGGUCCUGGGUCGACAACUGGAAAUAGUAGUAGUGGUUCUGCCGGAGAGGAAGUAGGCGGAUCUUCAGCAGCAGCCAGUGCAAGCCCUAACAAUAGUCGCUUGAUUGGAUCUCGUCAAGCGAAAGAAGAUUCGCAAAUGUUUGCUGCUGGUUCUGGUGGAUCUUCCUCGGGAUCCUCAGAAGGGGCAACAGGUAUCUCUGGGAGGGCAGCUGAACCUCAGGGAAUAGAUGGAAGCCUCGCAAAUGCUAAGGGUGGUGACGAUGCUUCUGCUAUACCGUCUUCCGUUACUACAGCAGGAUCAGGGUCGGAUGAGGCCUCUGCUCCAUCUGUAUCAGCUACAUCCAGCCGUGGCAGUGGACAGGACAGUAGUUGUGAGCAGCAACAACAAGAUGGAAACAACAGCAGCACUUCAAGCAGAGGUGGAAACGGUCAGGGGCAAAUGGUUUUGACGGGAACCGGUUCCGAUGCGGUGACAGAUGGUGGCUCGUCUGGCGGUAACACCGGCGUUUCAGAUGAGGGAGUGGACGCGGGCACUGCGUUAUCAGCAGCUUCGGGAACUACUUUGGUCAUACCAGUUCAAGGUGGUGGCAUAAAUUCGUCCUCUGGUGGCCAAAAGAGUACAAGUUCAGAACAAGAGCAAAGGGCAGACGACGCCGGAGAAGCCAUGGACACCAGCGAACAACCCUCUUCAAAAGGUUCAUUUCACGGUGCCGGCAAAAAGCGUCGUAAAAGUUUCGAUAAAGACAAUAACUCUCCCGCAGCGACGGUAAGCGGAGCAGCUUCUUGUUCACUGUCGGAACCAAGUACUGUAGGAAGAUCUGAAAGAUCGGACCGUGCCAAAACGGAGCUAAUAAAGGCGGCUGCGCGUUCUCCAAGGCCGAAAAAACAGAAGGGCCGCAAGGAUAUAGAAAACAGGGGCGGUAGCGAAAAAGGAGAAAAAGAUGAUGUUAAUAACGGAAAAGCGGAGAAAGACACAGCUGCGUCUGGUAGUGGCGGCAAAAGUGAUAAGGGAGGCACAGAUACGAGGAAUGCCGUCUCAAUAGACAAAAACAAUAGCGACAACAAAGGAUCUGCAGAUAAAUCUUCUGGGGCAACUUCUGAAAAAAGCAGUGACAAGAACAGCGCUAGUAGCGGAGGUAAUGGUGAAAGUACUAGCGCCGAAUUAAGCAGCGCCAGCGCUGCGAACUCUGGAGUGAGUAGUGGACCUCCUGGUAUUGCUGCAGGUGGAAAGGCGGCAGAACGAAGCGACACCAGUAGCGGAAGCAAUAAAAACAAUAAUAGUAACAAUAAUAACAGCAAUGGCACUAAUAACAAUACUACUAACAGUAGCAAUAUCACUAUCAACAGUAGCAAUGCCAAUGCCAGCAGCGGAAGCGAUCACGAAGGAGGUGAUAAGGACAGCAUUGCAUCGGGUGACUUAAAGGUGCCGCCAUUAAAGAUUGUCCUGCCGCCGAUGUCGUCUGCUUCAGGUGGAGAAAAAGAAAGCAAUUCAAAUGAUGUUUCUGCCACUGUACCGAAUUCAGCCAAAGCCAAACAGUUACCUUACAUUGUCAACAGCCCUAUUCCUGGUAAUUCUCCACAACCAGCAAGUCCGGCGGCCAAUUCACCUCUCGAAACGAAGGAAUGGCGAGAAGAAAGUAAACGGGUAACGCGAAGUAGUCAGAGGGCCCAAAUACAUGACAGUAACAACAACGAUGAGGAUGAUGCACCGGCCCCAUCCAGCGGUAAAACGCACCCUCGAAAACGCAAAAUUCGUAACACUCGUGGCUCAGCUGCAGCAAGUAAUAGUGGUCAGAGAGAAUCCGCUCGAAGUACAGGAGCUACUCAGAACAAUGCUGCCGGUAACAGUAUUAGCGGCGACAAUCGAGGAAGCAGUAAUGCUGACAAAACAUCAACUUCACUUAACGACGAAGAGGCCUUGGAGCUGCUUCCCCCUCCUGAAAAGGAUUACUUUGGAGAACCAUCGACAAUGUUCAAUCCGUACGAAGCCCUCAAAAACAUCCGUCGUGCUGUAGACAAACGACGGGCAGCCCAAAUCAGUGCGGAGAUUCGACCGAAGAUGCCGUUUAGCUUUAAGGAUUAUCUAUUGAACAAAUGCACGUAUGCAUUGGAGGGCAACCCGGCGUCUCGUCAAGGAAUUGAGAUGUCACCUCCGCCAUGCGGGCUUUCGGCUCCUCUGAGAGACUUAUUUGUAGAACAAGAAACUGCACGUUAUCAGCUGCGCCUACAACAGCUCAUGGAGCGCGACAAAUUGGUGCUCGCAGCUGAGCAGGAGAUUCUUCGUGUAAAUGCUCAUGAAGCCCGAGCUGCUGCUGGUCAGACGAUUCCGCUAUCGGUGACUACAGUACUGCGCGAUAUGGAAAUAUACAACACUCUUGAUCCUGAGUCAAACUUAUAUAACCCGCGGACAGGAAUGACCGCAGCUAACCCUCUUCUCGAUAACAAUGUAAAAGAUCCCAGCAGGUACAAUAAUGGUCGAUUAUUCAAAUCGUGGUUGCAGGAUACUGACGAUAAAUGGGAACGCGAGAAAGAAUCACUUCUUUUGAGGCAUCAUAGUGAGGCAGAAGCACUACGGGCGGUACAAACCAUGGACUGGACUUGGAAAGCGAAAGAAUGUAUUCCGGCAACCCCAGAUAGCCAAGGGGAUUCAAAGAGUGAUGUCAAAGCUGACGACAAGGGCGUUACCAGUGACAAAGAACGAAACGGCGGUAGUGAAAAGGACAAGCACAACUUGGAACGCAAUCUAGCACUUGAUCUAAACCUCUGCGUUCCAAUGGUGCACGUCAGUGAUGAUUUUGAUCUUUUGCCAUCGUAACUAUUCGCCGGGAACAAAACAAACUGUAUUCUAGAUAGAGCUCAAAAGGAACAGUAGCAACGCGGAAAAGUCAGCAUCGUAAUGUCCUAACACAGUCAUGCACGACAGAUAGAUGCAUUUUAUAGGAACGUAAUGAAGAACAUAAUGAAAAGGUAGAUGGCACAUGUAAUGGCAUAAUGUGCUAAUACGGGUACUAUUGACAAACGAGAUCCAGUGCUGAAGGACGACAUGGACUAACGCGCUUUUUAUGUGUUUGCUUCAUAGAUUGGAUCUUGCGAUUGAUACAAUAUAUUAAAUUAAUGUGACAUUUUACUGUAUAUCUGAUGUUGGCACACUAAUGUGGAAUCAUACAUUAGACUCUAGGGAAUUUAUUAUUAGAAAUGUGUAUUAUGGAAAGUAAAUACGUGAGCCAUACAUUAAGUAGGUGGGUCCAAAUAUCUGAAUAUACCAGAUACAAAUUGUGUAUAGCUUGUGAAUAUAGAAGAUUAUUAUUCGUAGGUAACCUGGAAUAAUCCUAUUGGUAAUGGGAAUAUAAUAAAAAUACAUGUCAUAUGUAAAAAUGGCUGUUACUACUUAUCUGUAUGAUGCCAGUCAGUCGAUCCCUCUGAAGUAAACAUCAAUAGUUAGGUAUUUGACAAAAAAAUUCGAUUCCAGUACGUGAAUUUGUACAGCUGCAUUUCUGUUAAGGCAUGCAGAACGAGAGUAGAAUAGACCCAAAUGAUCGUCCUUAGAAUUCGAAAUACGCAUCAGUAACUUCUUUUAAAAAUAGUUUUCUAGGCCAUUCAUUAUAACGAACAAUAUCAUGUGUUGAAGAAAUGACACGAAGUACUCUAAUUUACAAGUAUUUAACUGAUCUAAACAGCGUUUCAUAGCUAACACUUAGCUGAUCGUUCUAUAGCAAGCCUCAUACGGCCAUAUAGUAUAGUUCGAAAAAUCUGUAAGAAGAGAGGAUUCAAUACCAUC